AAGAAAAUGUGGAAGAAUUACUUGAAAAACUUGAACGAACGACUUCGGAGCUUAAUCAAAUCAAAGAAUUUCUAAGUGAAAAGGGAAUACCAUGGGAAGAACUGGAAAAUGGUGCAACAAGUAAUGUGAAAAACAUUACAGGAUUCAGAGGUGCAAAAUCAAAACUAACCAACCCAGAUAUAAUGAGAUACAGCAGGCAGCUUAUAUUGCCAGAGAUUGGUGUAAGAGGACAAUUAAAACUAAAUAACUCCUCAGUGUUGAUUGUUGGAGCUGGAGGAUUAGGGUGUCCUGUGGCCAUAUACCUAACAGCGGCUGGUGUCGGAUGCAUUGGAUUGGUUGACUACGACGAUGUUGAACUAAACAACCUGCAUCGACAGGUUUUACAUUCUGAACUGAAAGUUAACUGGAGUAAGGUUGAUUCAGCAAAAGCGACAUUGUCUAAAUUGAAUUCUUCAGUGCAAAUAAUUACAUAUAAAUUGCAUCUCAACAGUGCUAAUGCCCUGGACAUAAUCUCAAACUAUGACAUCAUAGUUGAUGCAACAGAUAAUGUUCCAACCAGGUAUUUGUUAAACGAUGCAUGUAUACUAACGAGAAGACCGUUAGUCUCAGGAAGUGCACUUCGCUUUGAUGGACAAUUGACUACAUUUGGUUAUGAGAAUGGACCCUGUUAUAGAUGUCUCUACCCCAUCCCUCCACCUCCUGAGACAGUAGGGAAUUGUUCAGACUCUGGUGUACUAGGAGUUGUUCCAGGUAUAAUUGGCAACUUACAAGCUCUAGAAGUUAUAAAGAUUGCAGUUGGCCUUCCUGUGUCCUUUAAUAAGAAAAUGUUGUUAUUUGAUGCACUGGACGGUAGAUUUACAACCAUUAGACUCCGCAGCAGGCAAAACAACUGUGCUGUUUGUGGAGAUGAGCCAACAAUAACCAUGUUGCAAGAUUAUGAACAGUUUUGUGGCACAGCAGCUUCUGAUAAAACUAGAAAUAUUGAUAUCCUGCAAAGUAUCAGUAGGAUCUCAGCCCAGGAAUACAAGAAAUUGGUAGAUGAAAAUAUAUCACACAUAUUGGUUGAUGUCCGUCCAAGGGUUGAGUUGGAGAUAUGUUGUUUGCAAACUUCUGACAACUUUCUAAGUAUCCUUAUAUUUACCAUUUCCAAUCAGAGAUAUAGAGAACAACAAGAACCUGCGAGCAGUUUAAUUUUGAAAAAAAUUCUCCAGGACUUUGAUGUUUCAAUAAAGGAUAUGGCUGGUGGAUUAGAGCAAUGGACCAAACAUAUUGAUCCCAGUUUUCCAUGCUAUUAAUCAAUGAACUAUUACUUCCAUAAAAUUCUAUUAAUUGUGGAAGUAUCAUGUAGGAAAAUAUGAUUACACAAUAGACUGUUCACAAUUAUGCUGAGCAAAAUCUUUCAUAUGAAAAGAA